CCUUUACCUGCUGUAGAAACUGCUGUAGAUGAUAUAUUGCAACAUGAGCAGAAAUUGAAGGGUGACAAAGGUCAAAGUACCAGUGGUAUCCAGUCUGUUGCCUUAGCUGCACAAGGUGACCAGAACAAGUCUUUCACCCCAAACAAAGAGAACAAGUUUGAAUCUGCUAAGGAAGGCAAGUUUUGUCGAUAUUGCAAAAUGGGUGGUCACCAAAAGGAAGAAUGCUACAGGUUGAAGAACAAGAAGGCUCGAAUGGGCGAGGGAGAAACUUUUUCUGGUUCAAUGUCUCAAUCUAAAUCACAGAGUGGUGAUUCUGUUUCCUCAGGACAUAGUGCUGGUUAUGACAGUAAAUCUUCCUCCUCUGGAUCUCUGAACUUCACUACUAAAGAGAUAAACAAGCAGAGACUACUCUUGCAUCAACCUGAUAGUAUGAGUCCAUCACCACCAGCUUCUCCUUCCAUCAAGCAUGCCUCCUACUCAGUCUCAGAACACCUCCCAACACACUCUACCUAUGCUGGACCAAACAACCAAGAACCUGAUUGGUUCAGCAAGACAGGAUAGAUGCCUUUAUCAUCUCAUCACCACACCAAGACCUUAACCUGUCAUUCACACUCAUCAAGCUGCAACCACCUAUAACUUUGAACCACAUUAGAUUGAUCUUUGGCACUGGAGUCUGGGACAUCCAAGUAGGGAAAGAGAACAUCAAGCUACUGGAUGUAAUAGGCUUUCUAUCAAACAUUGCCAAACUUGUCAUUUAGCUAAACACAAGAAACUUCCCUUUCCUAUUAGUGAUAGUAGCGUUGUUUCUUCUUUUACAUUAAUCCAUGUUGACAUAUGGGGACCCCUUGCUGUUAAAUUCCAUGAGAG